AUGUAUGAGCCACUCCACCUCGCUUUCGACGCUUACCCUACCGUCGUCCCACGAGUGAGGGUUAGAGGCGUCAUGGCUCUCUUUCUGGCGGUCUCAAUCUUAUGGGCUCUGAUCUGCAUGGCAAGUCUGCCAGACCCCGAACGAUAUCCUAGUCGAGAAACUGGGUCUGGACAUCCCACCUCCCCAGAGGUUACCCUUGAAGAGAUCACGGCACGUGAGAUUCGCCUUGCAUGGAAGCAACCGGACUUUCACAAUUCAAUCCACAAGCAUAUCAUCCAAGUUAACAACGUCAAAGUGGGCGAAUCGAAGCGAGCAGAAACGGCCGUCGAAAUUUUGAACCUUGUUCCUGGCAGCGUCUAUCACAUUUGCGUGCUUUCAGUUAGCGCAGCGAAUUUCCAAACUCCCAGCGCGAUUCUCCAUACUCAAACGAAAUCUCUUCCAUUGUCCCGUGCCCAACAAGAUGCUACUGCCAGCGGACCAACCAUUCGAGCGUCGAUUCCCAAAUCGACAAUCGGCCUGCCAGCACCCUCAGCACCGGUUAUGUCCCGCGAACACAGCGCUGGUCAAUUGCCUGGCAAGCGGCCUUCUACUGGUCGCAAGCUGUCACCUGCAACCGGAACGACCGACACAAUGCAUGGUCAUUCUGACGAAUUACUUAAAAACUCUGCGAAAAAUAAACGGGAUGAGACACUCGAACAACUGGCGGACCGACUGAAAUGUCUGCAGCAAGAGAACGACAACGUUGAAAAGCAAGCAACGGAAGAAGAGGACGAACAUAUCGCCCUCCUAAAGGACCUCGAGAAACAGCGCGAUGAACUGAAGAAGCGUGUCAAGGAGAAGGAUGAAGCCAGUGGGGAUUUGAAGAAGCAUGUCUCCAAGUUGGAGAGUGUCAACCGUUCCGUCCAGGGCGAAAAGUCCAAGCGCAUGAGACUCCUUCAGCAGAAAGAGGCGGAGCGCAUGAAGCGCAAGAAUGACAUUUUGCGCUGGCAAGAAAAAGUUGCUCGGAUGACUAGCGAUGCUGCACAAAUCAAAGAAGAGCAGACGCGCCUGGAGGAAGAUGGGCAGACUCGAGCCGAUGAAAUCCGCAAAAAGAUUGCGGAAGAGCAGGCGGAUAUGAAAACCAUCGAUGACGAUAUCCAAGAUAAAGGCGGUAAAAUCAAGAAGCUGGAGGACGAGAGACAGGGUCUACAAGGUGGUGACACUGAAGAUGGCAAGGAACUGGACCGAAUCGACAAUGAGCGGGCCCGGCAGUGGGAGGUGAAGCUGGCUAACUUACAUGCCCGAUAUGCCACACUCGUGAACAUUCAUGCCCAGGCCCAGCAACAGUACCAAGAGGCCCAAGAACGAUUGAAGUGGCUUACCACGCAGCGACCUGGUAGUUCAGGGCCAUUUUCUUUGCCGGCAUUGGAUUUGGACAUGUCGAAUACUGCAACAAUCCGACCUCGCCGCCACCGCAGCUCCUUGACCAGCAAUGUUUCUUCACCCGUCAACUACCCUGGAGUCGAAUCAGCGUUCCCAGGAGGUCUAAACUACAAUCCGCCAACUACAAGCUCUCCGACAUUCCCUCCUAUCUUCAAUAUCAACAACGGGAUGACUCUUCCCGGUCUUGCCGAUCCGCCUGAGAUUAUGCGGUCUGAUAUGGAGACUUCGUUUAACAACCCGCAAAUGAGUCCCCGCGCCGAUGCCUUCCUGCCAUCCGAUCUUCUGGGAGACGAGGAGUCGCCUGAGUUCCCGCGGCCCGUCACUCACCCACGGUUUUCCACUUUGGAUUCCUCAAAUAAUCCAUUGGAUGGCUUUGGGCAUGGUCCUGCAUCGCCCGUUUCUUCGGGGAGCAGGCCUGGUAGCAUAUUUGCUAGUCCGCUUGAAACGCACCAUCGACGGGAUUCGGACUCGCAGGCAAUGCAACUAUCCGUGGCAGGGGAGGAGCCAAAGUCUGCGUCUAGAAGACUGUCAGGAAUUUUCGGUUUCCGCCCCCGCGGCAAGACCUUGGCUGACGAACCACCGAUGCUGGGAACUUUGAAAUCUGGGCAGAGUCAGUCUUUCCCACGCAAUGUUGAUGAGCUGGACCCAAUCGGCUCACGGAGCCGAAGGCUCAGCUACUCGGGCAACUGGGCCAAUGCCAUGUCAUUGUUUCCCCGGAGCAACACAAGUGGGGUUACGACAGACAGUUCUUCGGAUCAUGUCCCUUCUCGCCGGGCCGCGUUUUCGAACAUUUUCUCAUCAACUAAAUUUGCGAAGAGUGGUGCCGCUAGCCGUGGAAACUCUGACUUAAGCACCGGAUACAACCAGUUUAGCCCUCGCCACGAUCCUAUCGAUCCAUCGUCUCUGCUCGGUGGUGUUCGUCGCGGUUCUAUCUCUCCUCGGCCGUCCUCCACCUUUUCUUUCGACAACCAAAACCAGCUUCCGCAUCCCUCAACGGACAAUCGACAUUUUGGUUGGCCUUCAACGGAUCAAACUGGUCACCGCAAUAGUCCCCUUGGGCUCGACUGGGCAUCCCCAUCUACAUGGUCUAGAGCGCCAUCACGCCGUCCAUCGAUUCAAUAUGGAUCAUCAGGCCAUCUCCCAUUGGGAUUAACUGGUGAGCCGGAUUUCGUCGAGGACUCUCACGAUCGUCAACUCCGGCCGCUCCAGGCCCCCAUCGGCACUCGGCCUUCUUCAUCCCAUCGUCCAAUCACCCCAAAGCUGAAUCCCGCUGCCCCGUCCUUCAAGGGAAUCUUCUCCAGCAAGAAAUCAGACAGAGGCAAAGACAAGGUUAAGGAUCUUGGCGCACCCUUCGAUCUCCAACUGGACGAUGGGUCUCCUGAUGAGCGUCGCACGUCUCGCGAUUCCCGCUCUCUUUCUCACUUUGGCGGUGACUCGUACGAAUCCUUGGAACGCAUGCCAUCUGGUACAUCGGCGGACAACGCAUCUAAGGAAUCGUUUAUUCGCAAGAUUACGCGCAAAGGCAGCUCUAGCAAGUUUAGCUCUUGGAAGGAUCGCUCGGGUUUAUUCUCCAAGAAGGGCGACUCUUCGCAAGGAGACAUUGACGAGGAUAUGGCCAAUGAGACGCAGCUGGGCAAGAGCAUGGACAGUACUGUGUCGAGUGUCCCCUCGGCCGAUCGUUCUACCCGCAGCAGCCUUGGCUUCUUCUCGCGCAAGUCGCGCAGAUCCGAUAAGGCCAGCGAGACGAGCGAGCGGACUGAUGAAACCGGUGACGAGGAGAUUCCUGAAGUUGCCGAAUCGUGA